AUGCUAUUAUUUUUAUUUCUUAUUUUAAUAUCGCUUUUCCUUUUCUAUGAGUUUUAUUGGAAACGAAGAAACUAUCCACCAGGCCCACUUCCACUUCCAUUAUUCGGCAAUUUGUUGCAAAUUCUACUAAACUUUCCUGGAUAUGAAUUGUUUAUGAAAUGGCGACAACAAUAUGGACCGGUGUUCACUUUUUGGUUCAGCUUUUCCCCAAUCGUCGUUGUGGCUGACUAUGAAACAAUGAGAGAGUCACUCGUGAAAGAUGGAGACAAAUACGCUGAUCGAUACACAUUGGAAGAGUUCAAUGCUUUGGUACGAGGUGGUCAAUAUGGCAUCAUUCAAGCGAAUGGUGAUUUAUGGAGAGAACAGAGACGAUUCACUCUGCACACUCUUCGAGAUUUUGGAAUGGGCCGAAAUCUGAUGGAGGAACGAGUGAUGCUUGAAGUUGACUUUCUUGCUGAAAGACUCAUUCAACAAGGAUCCAAUAUUUUCGUACAGAAAGAAUUCGAUACAGCUGUUGGCUCGAUUAUCAACAAUAUUUUGUUUGGAUAUCGUUUUGAUGAGGAACAUAUGCACGAGUUUGAUCUGGUAAAGGGUGCACUGAGAAAAAUGAUGCAAUCCGGAUCGAAUCCGUUGUUUCUCGUGGCCGCAUCUGUGCCCUUCACUCGGGAUUUGCCAUUGUUCAAAGGUGCUUUCCAACAAGUGAUGAAUGACAACAAAACUUUUUACGGCUUCAUCGCCAAGCAGAUCAAUGCUCGACGAGCUGAUGUUGAUUUGGAGAGUGAGAUUUCGAACGAUUUCGUUGAGUGCUAUUUGAAAGAGCAACACAAGAAAAAAGGAUCGGAUCAAGAAGAUUUUUACAGUGACAUUCAACUUCAAAACCUUGUGCUCGACAUGUGGAUGGCUGGACUUGAAACCACAUCAAAUACUCUCACUUGGGCACUUUGUUACAUUUUGAAUCAUCCAGAAGUUCAAGAGAAACUUCAUGAAGAGUUGGAUCGAGUGAUCAAAUCGGAUAGAAAAAUCACAAUGUCCGACAAGAACUCUCUUCCAUAUGUGAAUGCGGUUAUAAAUGAAACACAAAGACUUGGAAACUUGUUACCACAAAACACCCCGCGAAAGACCAGUGAAGAGGUGAUUCUGGGUGGAUAUCGAAUUCCGAAAGGGACGCCGAUCAUGGCACAAAUUGCCACGCUUUUUUGUGAUGAAAAGAUCUUCCCCGAACCCUACCGCUUCAAUCCGGAUCGUUUCAUCAAUUUGGAUGGCUCUUUGAAAUCUUAUCCUGAAUUCAUCCCAUUUUCACUCGGGAAACGACAAUGUGUGGGAGAAGGACUGGCAAAAGUGGAGCUCUUCCUCUUCUUAGCAAAUCUCUAUCAACAAUUUAUCAUAACUUCCGACAUUCGUCCUUCAAUCGAGAAGAAACCCGCGCAAAUCAUCACCGCUCAACCAUUUUAUUGCAAUGUUGCAAGAAGAUUUUCA